AUGUGUAUUAUAUGUAUAGUCUUAUGUGUGUAUAUUAAUUGUGUUUUUUCUAUUUCUAUAGGCCGUAAAACAGUUGGGUCUUAUUCCCUGGUCAACUGGCACAAGGUACUCACUAGUGCCUAUAAACCUUCCGAUACUGUCAAUACCACUGAUUUGGUCGAAAAUACAGCCAGAACAUGGGAUAAUGUCCCAGUGUUUAUGCUAUCUGUAAACAAUAUGAAUAUUAUAAAGCAGGAUGAUAGAGUUUGCUCUUAUUUUAUGGACUUUCGAAAUGCAACGGACGUUUUGGCUGAAUUUCACCUUCAUGGGUUUUUAAACAGUAAAAUCUUCAACAUACAAACGAUAUCACUGAAGGAAUGGUUCCAGUUAGUUGAUCCCAAGCUGAAUAGAAUCAAGGGGUUUUCUAGCCCCUUGUUAAAGCCCUCACCUCACCAGAAUCGUAAAAUAUCAUAUAAACUUAAAAAGAAGGGAAACCAGGAGCCCAUUCCGUUAUACUUCUGUGACUACACCCCUCCCAGUUCUCACUUCAAUACUGAUGUAAACAAAAAAAGUACAAAUAAAGUUAAAGGACCUGGAACAGAUACAAAUAACUCAAAUAAAUGUGAAAAUGGAUUAACCAGGGUGUAUUUCUUCAAUUACAAAGACCUGAUUAGGGAAAUAGGAAAAAUACAAGGGAAACUAGAAAGAGAAAAGGCACUAAAUAGUGUUAAAAUUGUUUCACUCAUGGAUCUGUUGAUGACACAUGAAAAUGAUAGAGGAAAAUUAUUGUUUGUACCUAGUAGUCAUAACAUAAGUUAUAUUAAUAAAAUGAGUAAACACACUACCCCCUGGAUCACACUAUAA